CACAAAAACCAUCGUUUCUGCUCAAGAGAGGGCGCUGUAGCAAAAUGAAUGCGAAGCAGAAAAUGCCAUUCGCACUCGCGUGUUUCGUCUAUACAUUUAAAACUUGUUAACUUGUUAGUCGGCGCUCUUAGUUGUUAACUUGUUAGUCGUGGGACCCGAUUAAUUUCACAGGCAAACGCGUUUACCUAAGUAUUUCACAACUAUAGUGUCUUAUUAAACGAUGUGGGGAAGUCGGUCUAUGUGUAAGUUUGUAGAAACAGUGUCUCUACGAAGACCAGCUUUACUUCGGCAGCAACGGAGGUUUAUCCGGCGAGAUGGCAUAGGAGUAGUCGGUGUUCCAUUCGCCCAUGGUCAGAACAAACCCGGUGUCCACGAGGGUCCUCGGUUAUUACGAGAAGCUGGCUUCAUAGAUGGCCUUGAGAAGCUAGCUGGCUGGAAGGUACAUGAUUAUGGGGACCUGGAUUUUGAACUGGUCAAGGAAGACGAGAGUUAUGGACCAUGUAACAUCCAAUUGCCGCGAACCAACGGACUCGCCAAUAAACUAAUCUCGGCUGCAGUGCAGAAGUCGAUCGUAGAUCACGGAACUUGCAUCUCGAUCGGCGGCGACCACAGCCUGAGCGCCGGCACGAUCCACGGCCACGCGCAGGCGCACGAGGACAUCGUGCUUAUCUGGGUGGAUGCGCACGCAGACAUCAACACAUCUCUUACGUCGUACACUGGGCAUUUGCAUGGCAUGAGUGGAGCUUUUUCUAUUAAGGAGUUGGAUAAAUAUAUACCGAAGAUGCCAGGAUGGGAUUGGCUCACACCCACUGUGGCUGCCAGAGACAUCGUAUACAUUGGACUCAGAGACGUUGAUCCCGGAGAGAGGUAUUUGCUGGACAAGUAUCGAAUACAAUGCUAUGAUAUGUAUCUGGUGGAGAAAUAUGGCAUGGCGAAAGUAAUGGAGAUGACAUUAGAAUACAUAAACCCAAAGUUGAACCGUCCAAUUCAUCUCAGCUUUGAUAUUGACUGCUUGGAUAUAGCAUUCGCUCCUGCUACUGGCACGCCAGUUCCAGGUGGGCUUACACUGAGGGAGGGGCUCUUCCUUGCAGAAGAGCUCAACAAAACAGAAAUGCUUACGGGAGUCGACCUGGUGGAAGUGAACCCAAUGCUGGGUACAGACGUGGGCAAGAACUUGACUCUGUGGGCGGCAAACCUAGUGCUGCAGUCUUGCUUCGGCAAAAUAACAGCGGGAAACGUUCCUGCUGGCUUUGAGAUGCCCAAGCCGGAAGACGUCGGCCUGUAGAGGGCAGCACGGUCGUGCGUGACUGUAGGAAGCGUGAAGAUCCAUCUAAGCCCUUUCGUUUGCUUGACGCGUUUAAUAUUCAGUUUGCAGUCAAUGCUCGUGGACGUAUAGCGCGAGUAGAGAUAGCUAUGUAAGUGUGAAUCAUAAGAAUGGGAUCAUAGUUCAUAGUGUACAUCCAGCGCCAUCUGUUGAUCGUUCCUGCAUUGGUGAUUGAGUUUUUUUGAGUCAGCCAGGUGACUUGUUUAUAUGAAUGAGUUUCUGUGAUAAAUCUGACAAUUAACACAGGUAUAAAGGCUAUACGCAUCCUCAAAAAUGUUUUUUUUUAUCUUGGUGAUGGAUGAAUAUGUUAAUAUUUGUCUUGCCACCUUCUGUUUUACAUGAGAUAGACCCCAAUUGGUGUUAUCAAGAUGCUAGGUGGAUGUGAUAUAGUAAGUUAGUGACACAAUCUGAGGAAACGUUUAUCCCAAAUGACUGCGAUUUGAGUGCGCAAUUCUAUUUCUAACAUGGGAGUUCUAUUGUAAGCCAAUGGCAUCAAUAUGUUCAAUAGUCAAUCUGUAUGUCCCUGCACAUGGCAUCCAAAGAAUAACAAAUAUAUCAUCGUUUUGGAAAUGUCGUGAAAUUCAUUGAUAUGUGCUGCACACAUAUAGUGUUUGUUUCAUAUGGGAUUGUGGAUAAAGACGCACAACUCAAAUUCAUCAUUCCGACUCAUGUAUAUGUAAUCUGAACUCGCGUGUGCGCGCGUGCGUCUGCGUGUGGUUUCGUAAGUACGUACGAGUGGGCAUAUGUCUAUGCGCGGGAGUAUAUUACAUACGAUUUAACAGAUGUAAGGCUAUUACAAAUUAUCAGACUAGUCUAACAUAGAUUUCUGUGAAUACACGUAAUUUUAUAUACUCAUUAAUCCAGACACAUUUCCGGAAUAUAUCUUGCAGCAUGAUAUCGUACAGCGGAUUGUGUAUAAUCUAGAGAGAAUGAACGUGAUUAUAUUUUGUGAUAAAUAUUCUAAUUUGAUAUGCAAAUUCAAUACACAUGUAGUAUUUGAAGAAUUUUUUUUUUCUUUGCACGCAUUUACGUUUUAUGCACGUGGAUGCGAGAAAUAUCUUGUUUUCUUAAUAUCUCCAACGUUACAAAUGAAGGGUAUAACAUGCGGUAACAUGGUAUUAACGUGCAUAGAUUAAUCUCGGGUUUCCUGCAGCGAAAUGGGUUUGUGCAGCGUUCGCUUAUAAUUCAUUUAAGGAAUGAUGCAUUCUACUUCGUCGCUUGUUUCAAUUCACUAUAAAGCUAAGUGCAUCAAUCCGGUUUCACUUUAGUAUAACACAAUCGAUGUUUUAUUAUGACACUUACUUCCAGUCAUUUUAUUUAGUUCAUCAUUAUUAAAAAUGCAGCUAUUCUAAUAAUA